UAACCUGAUAAUGGUGCAAAAGCAGAGCCAUAUAAAGAGCAACCCUAACUUUCGCUUUCGCCAUGAAGUCUUCAGUUACUACUAUUCCGAUUUAUAACUGUUGUCAUUACAUUAUUACAUUGAGCUUCGAGAACAGGGCUUAGAUCCCUGGUCCUCUCUGCUAUAUAUGAUGGCACUUCCGUAGCAAUUCCAUAAACACAAGAGAGACCUCAGGAAGCUUCUGAAUAUCCAUGAAAAGCUUUACUACUAUCAGUAGCGUCAUUUUUGCUGUAUUCAUAUUUUGUUUGGCUGCUUGGUGCUGUGGAGAAGCGGAUGAGGAUGUAGCUCCAAUGGAAAAAACAGAGAAGGAAGCUCUGUACUCUACUAUACAGGGAUUUGUGGGCAAUUGGUGGAAUGGCUCAGCUCUGUAUCCAGAUCCCUGUGGGUGGACUCCUAUACAGGGUGUCUAUUGUGAUCUGUUUGAUGGGCUUUGGUAUGUCACUGCGUUAAAUAUUGGACCCAUUCAUGACAACUCUCUUGAUUGUGCCACCAAUAUUGACUUCAGACCAAAGCUUUUUGAGCUUAAGCACCUCAAAACUCUAUCAUUCUUCAAUUGCUUCAUCUCUCCCCGCCGACAUCCCAUAGCCAUUCCCUCCAAUGACUGGGAGAAGCUUGCUGGCAGCUUAGAAUCAUUAGAGUUCCGAUCAAACCCCGGUCUCAUUGGACAAGUUCAUACUAGCUUUGGGUUGCUCGAGAAGCUCCAGUCAUUAGUGCUAUUAGAAAGUGGAUUAACUGGGAAAUUACCUACAAAGAUUGGCAACUUGAUCAACUUGAAGCGUCUAGUUCUUGCUGGGAACUGGUUUACUGGUACCAUCCCUGAGAGUUUUGGGGGGUUGAGUCAAUUACUUAUACUUGAUUUAAGUAGGAAUACACUAUAUGGGCCUUUGCCGUCGACCCUUGGAAGGCUGACCUCACUUUUGAAGCUUGAUUUGAGCAACAAUCAACUGGAAAGGAUGCUUCCGAGUGAGAUUAGUAACUUAAAGAAUCUGACCCUAUUGGACCUUAGAAACAACAAGUUCUCAGGUGGCUUAACUAAGUCACUUCAAGGGAUGUAUUCCUUGGAACAGUUGGUCUUGUCUAACAACCCCAUUGGAGGAGUCCUUGCGUGCCUUGAGUGGCAUGACCUACACAACCUGGUCAUUUUGGAUCUUUCUAACACUGGCUUGAAAGGAGAGAUACCCAAGUCCUUAUCAAAAUUAAAAAGAUUAAGAUAUCUGGGUCUGAGUGACAACAACCUCACAGGCAAGCUCCCUACAAAGCUAGUUACUCUACCUUGCGUUUCUUCUCUCUACCUAAAUGGGAACAAUCUUACAGGAGAGCUUAAUUUCUCUGAAGGGUUUUACGGAAAAAUGGGAAGGCGGUUUGGGGCAUGGAGCAACCCGAAUCUUUGCUACCAGGUUGGUUUGAAGUCAGCCAGACAUGUCCCAUAUGGGGUAAAACCAUGCCAGCAAGAAGAGGUCACAGUGCUUGAACCCGAUUCAAGAAACAAGUUGGCUGGUGAGAAUCUGAAUCAGAAUUCCCAUCUUGUGGCCUCUUUGGGAUUUCCAAGUUAUGUCAUUGAUGGGUUUUGGUGGGUCUCACUGUUGGAGAUGUUGAUAUGUCAAUUCUUAAGUUGUUUCCUAUAGCUGUGUAUUGUCUUGAUUUGAGAAGUCUGAGAGUCCAGCAGAUCACCUUUCAGAUGAAACCGCAUUUUGUCUUCUUUUUGCCCCUUAUCUUGGCCAGUCUCCAAACAUGGAGUUGUAUUUUUUUAUUUUCUUUUGCCUGUAGUAGCAACCAUUUAUGGAAAGUUCUACUUUUUAACUCGAUGUA